GCUCUCUCCACAAUCAACUGUCCCAUGGCUCAGCCAGCUCCGAUUGGGGAUGGAAUUAAAUACAUGCAAGCAUAUGAGCCUCUGGACUACAAAGUGGCAAGUGCACGAUAACCGUCAUCUUUUGCUUCAUAAGCUUAACGGUAGAGGCACGCGAGCAAGCGUGAGCCUGCAGCAGACACACUCUUGGAUCCACUACCAUGAAACUGGAUAGCACCUAGCCGUUGACUCACUGCAGCGUACGCAGUAAGCAUUAGGCCUGUAGCAGACUCUCUUUUGGAUCCGCCAACACAAAGUUGGAUAGCGCCUAGCCGUUUGUUCACCGCAGCGAUACGCAGCAAGCUAGUGCUAGUCUAAAGCUGCUUAGUUCCAUAUUCGAUUAUAUAUCUACCGGUUUGUCCGCUCUGUCCUCGUACAGAUAGCGCACAAACUUCACUGCAUUUGCUGAGCAUAUGGCUUCCAAAAAAAAAGGCACUACGCCUGCUGUGACUGGGACUUUCAGAUCGACACGCACUACGCCAGCUGCGAAUAAGGCAACUGAAGCCAAAGACGCUACGCCUGCCGCGGAUAAGAAAUCAGCAAAACGCAGACUUAUCGUCCUCUGUGAUGGCACUUGGCAGAACUCAUAUCGUGAUGGAGGCAAGAGCCCCACUAAUGUGACACGACUUGCUCGUGCGAUCAAGCCAGUCGCUGAUGAUGGGACCCCUCAAAUUUGUUUGUAUAUGCCUGGAAUCGGCGCAACUGCAACGGUCGCCAUUUUGAAAGAUAUAGAAGGAGCCUGUGGCGCUGGAUUUGCCGACUUGAUGCACCAGGCGUAUGGCUUCCUUGCUUAUAACUAUCAGGAAGGAGAUUCUAUUUACUUGUUUGGUUUUUCGCGGGGAGCGUACUUGGUGCGGGCGGUUUGUGGCUUGAUUACUGAGUGCGGACUAUUGACAAAAGAGGGGAUGUCGCGCUUUGUGGAGCUAUUAUAUUGCUAUCAAGAACGCAUUCUCGAUAGUAACAAUGACAGCUACACAGAAACAAAAUUACUUAGACUGGUCAAGGAGUUGUGCAGAAAUGGAAUACUGACAAUGAGUUCUAAAGUUAGUCCCGAUAAAAUUAUACUGGGAAGUGGUCUUGAAGUUGAAGCAAUUGGGUGCUUCGAUACCGUCGGAGCUCUCGACAUAUUUUCCAAUAGCUACUCCUUUCUGAACGUUACCUAUAACUCUAAGGUCAAACGCGCCUACCAUGCAUUAGCCCUAGACGAGGAUCGCAAGCUAUUUCGCCCUACAUUGUGGUUUUUUGAUAAAAAAAAUAUGUCGCUUUCUCAUUUUAAGCAAGUCUGGUUUACUGGAGUGCAUUCCAAUAUUGGCGGUGGAUCUUCUGAUGCAAUUUUGAGAGACACCAACUAUCUGGAAAACUCCUCUUCUGACGCUAUCAGUCUCAACGUUUUAAGCGAUGGUCCUCUCAUUUGGAUGGUCGAUCAAGUUAAAGAUCUUUUGGAAUUUGAUUACACCUAUCUGCAAACUACGAUUAUUGCUGGCAAGACAAAAACCGAUGGGUCUGGUAAGUUGGUGAGGAUCAUGGCCAGCACUGUGAGCGAAAGUACCAGCGACAGUACCAGCGACAGUACCAGCGAAAGUAGCCUCUAUGGCAAUCGAGAUGGCUAUCGGACGAAAGAGUUUAACAAAUUUAUUGCGAAUGAACUAAAAGGCCUUAUUACAAGCGAGAACGAGCCUCGUAAUGCCGUAGGGGAAAUUGACAAUCGUGGACCCUAUAAAUCCAAAUUGCGUACUCGGGGACCUACAGCACCGAAGCUGGGGUCUGAUGCGAGCGAUGCAUGGUACAGAGGACCUCUAUUCAACAACUACGCCGGUUUCGUAUCGAGAUGGAUAUACGCACGCGAGUCGCGCACGGUCAAAGGGUGUCAGCGUUCAGAUGGAGAAAAGCCUACGAAUGAGCUUCUUCAUGAGUCUGUUUUCAGGCGUGGUAAAAUAGUGGAAACAAAGACAGGCAAGAGGUGGUGGCGGGCCGAGCACGUGGAGCCUCUCAAGGAUGUGUAUUGGGACAUUGGGCUUCACGGUACAGUCAAGAAAGACCAAGAAAGCAACGAGAAGAAAAUAGCGGUUGAGAUGUAUUCGGGAUUCGAAUCCGAAUUUUGGGAUAGACAGCAACAAUUAGAAGCCAAACUCGAGAAGCGCAGACAGGACAGACAGGACAACAUCAAGAAGCACAGACACGCGUCAGCCCAGGGGACAAGGACGGCAAGCAAAAUUGAAAAAAAGAAGUCGAAGCAGAGUCCGAUGAACAGCGCAAAGAAGAGUCCUCAGAAGUCUCCCUCAAAAAAGAAUAAAACCAAAUCUGCUCCGCAAUCAUAGGAGUUGCAGUGGCUUCUCUUAUUAUUGACACAUCACUUCAGUAUUUGAAUAUAGAAAUUGAUUGAGGUUUCACGCUCCACAAAUAGCCGAUAAUAGGGAUAUAUUAAACGAGGAAAACAGAAAAUAGAAUACAGCCAACCCAGGAGCCCAAAACGCCAGACGUAAACCUUUCAGUGUAAGGGGGAGCGCACAAGACCCACGAUCUUCCACUAGCCAGCGGUGUCUACAGGCUUGAAACUGCGACAAGAGCUGCGGGCAGCGCGGUUGCCGGAUCACUAGAUUGGAGUUGCUCCGACCCAGACUUUUUAGUAUCAUAAAUCUGCUCCGCCAGCAUAAGUGUUCC